AUUGGCUGCGGGGCUGGGGCGGGGCCUCUGUCCCUGCUCGGGUCGCGGGGAUCGGUCCCGAUCUCAGAGCCCCAGGCCGGCGCGGAGCCGCCCGACUCGCGUGCGCAGCUCCUCUGGCCCCACAGGGCAGACCUAUGGGCACCCCAGCCUCUGUGGCAGGUGACCCCCUUCAGUGCCAGGUUCCUGAGGCCCGUGCCCGGAAAAGAGCUGCUGCCAACAUCUUCCAGGACGUGGGGCUGCUGCAGCUGCGGAGCCUGUUCAGGAGCAGCGGGGAUGAGCGGGCAGAGGAGCGUGCCCAGCUGGUCUGGGCGUACGGGGGCAACCGGCGCAUGGCCCAAGCCCUGCGCCAGCUCAGGAGCAGGCAGAGGAGGUGGCAGCAGCCAUCCCAGCUGAGCCCAGCAGCUCAGGACAGCAGCGACCCAAGGCUAGAGGACUGCACCUCCCCCAGCGCAGACCCCGGCAGCAGCACGAGGCUGGAGGGGACCAGCAGGGACAGGCAGCGCCCUGGCCCCAGGAGGAAAAGUCCAAGGACCAGGUGGAGGAAGAGGGGGCCUGGGCCCACAGGGUACCUGCAUCAGCUCCAGCAGUAAGCAGGGCAGCUGGCACUGGGAACUCCCA